AUGAUAUUUUCAGAUGUUCCUCACGCGUCCGGUCAAUGCACUUUCCCGGAAUUUUUGUGGAAGCAAUCGAGUCGGGAACAUCUGAGCCACAUCAUCAACUCGAACUUCAAAAAUCUCAACCACAACAACUUUUCAAAAACCUGGAUCACCGAGGAAGUUCAUACAUCGAAAUCAAGAAAGUUCAAAAGUCGUAAGUUGAUCGCGGCCACAAGAUCCACUCUGGUCAUCAGUGUCCAGGAUCAGGGCUUCUGCAAAACUGGAGGCACGUGUGAGAUGGAGGAGAGGGUCAUCACAACGAUGAAGUGCUACAAAGAUGUCGGCAACCAAACGUUCAAGGUCAUGAGGUCUGACGAGGGGUUCGUUUCGUAG